GCCUCUCUACGGCUAACCUUUUUCCCAACCUCCGCUCUCACUCUGACUUCAUCUCUAUCUCUUUCGUAGUAUUAGAUCUAUCGAUCGACCGAUCGGUCGGCACUCGGAUCUCUCAUAGUUCCUCCUUUUUCACAGGGAAAAUGAGAGAAAUCCUUCACGUUCAAGGUGGGCAGUGUGGGAACCAGAUCGGAUCGAAGUUUUGGGAAGUUGUUUGCGACGAACAUGGCAUAGAUCCAACUGGAAGAUAUAUUGGAUCCUCAGAUCUGCAGUUGGAGCGCGUUAAUGUGUAUUACAAUGAAGCUUCGUGUGGGAGGUUUGUUCCUCGUGCUGUGCUCAUGGAUCUGGAGCCUGGUACAAUGGACAGUGUCCGAACUGGCCCAUAUGGCCAGAUCUUCCGUCCUGAUAACUUUGUUUUUGGACAAUCUGGUGCUGGAAAUAACUGGGCAAAGGGACAUUACACUGAGGGUGCAGAGCUCAUUGAUUCGGUUCUUGAUGUUGUAAGGAAAGAGGCUGAGAACUGUGACUGCCUUCAAGGCUUUCAGGUUUGCCACUCAUUGGGUGGAGGUACAGGAUCUGGGAUGGGCACCUUGCUUAUAUCCAAAAUCAGGGAGGAGUACCCAGAUAGGAUGAUGCUCACAUUCUCUGUGUUUCCAUCACCAAAGGUUUCUGAUACAGUGGUUGAGCCAUACAAUGCCACCCUCUCUGUUCAUCAACUAGUUGAGAAUGCAGAUGAGUGCAUGGUCUUGGACAAUGAGGCUCUAUAUGAUAUUUGUUUCAGGACUCUCAAAUUGACUACUCCCAGUUUUGGUGAUCUUAACCAUUUGAUCUCUGCAACCAUGAGUGGGGUCACUUGCUGCCUCAGGUUCCCUGGUCAACUGAACUCUGAUCUCCGAAAGCUUGCUGUAAACCUGAUUCCCUUUCCCCGUCUCCACUUCUUCAUGGUGGGGUUUGCUCCUCUCACAUCUCGUGGGUCUCAGCAGUAUCGUGCCCUCACAGUUCCUGAGCUGACUCAGCAAAUGUGGGAUGCUAAGAACAUGAUGUGCGCUGCUGAUCCACGCCAUGGUCGGUACCUCACUGCCUCGGCGAUGUUCAGGGGUAAGAUGAGCACUAAGGAGGUGGAUGAGCAAAUGAUCAAUGUUCAAAACAAGAACUCUUCCUACUUUGUUGAGUGGAUUCCAAACAAUGUGAAGUCAAGUGUUUGUGACAUUCCACCUAGGGGCCUCUCCAUGGCAUCCACCUUCAUUGGGAAUUCCACCUCCAUCCAGGAAAUGUUCAGGAGAGUGAGCGAGCAGUUCACUGCUAUGUUCAGGAGGAAGGCUUUCUUGCACUGGUAUACUGGGGAAGGCAUGGAUGAAAUGGAGUUCACAGAAGCCGAGAGCAAUAUGAAUGAUCUUGUGUCCGAGUACCAGCAGUACCAGGAUGCCACUGCUGAUGAGGAACUUGAUUAUGAGGAUGAGGAAGAGGAAGGUUAUGAGCAGCAGAUGUAAGGGAAUAGAGUAUGAAACCACUGCUCCCCCACUGCAGUGGUAUGUUUACUCUAUUAUGUGUUUGAUAAAUCAAUUUUCUGUUGUAUUGGGUAAAGAUGGGGUCACAGACAAUCUUGCUAGAAGUUCGAGAAAUGUUUUUUU